AUGAGACGGCUCAGGGCGGAUCCUCAGCGCUCGGAGCCGCGGGCGGAGCGGGAAGCGAAAGCGAAAGCGAGCGGCGGAGCGGGAAGCGAAAGCGAAAGCGAGUGGCGGGGCGGGAUUAUGGCGGCCGCGCCGCUGCUGGUGCGGGUCAGCCCCGUGCCCACCGCCGACGACAAGGCGAUCCUCAAGCUCCAGGCAUAUUUCCAGUCGGGAAAGCGGUCGGGGGGCGGCGAGUGCAACGUGCGCGCGGGCCCCAAGCCCGGCACCUACUGGGUGGACUUCUUUAAGGAACAAGAUAGGAAGAGUGUGGAAUCCCGCACAAAUCACACCUUGGAACUCGGUGCAAAAUGCCUGGACAUAGUCAUCCUGUCGGGAGAAGGGGACCCGGGUAAGAGCCGGGUUACAGCACAGGCCUCUGCCAGUUACAGCAAGGUCGCUGCCAGCCCUUCCCUGCCCCAGCAGGAGCGGUGGGACAACGGUGGCUAUGGGGCCACAGCAAAGGAAGACCUUACCAAAAAGAUAUUUCUUACAGUAUCUGCUACUUUGAAUAGCAGUAUGUUCACUGAAGACCAAAGGGAGAAAAUUACCAUUAUGUGUCCAAACUUAAAGAGAGAAGGAAACCCUGGCGUGGAUGGCUCUGAGAAAUUGACAGGAAAUUUUACAGAUAUUGAAAAAGCUUAUCACUACUUUGAAGAUAUCCUUGCAAGCAAAGACCCAAACCAUGAUUUUUCACAAUCUGAAUGUAAGAAUGGUUUGAAAGAUGAAAAUGGCCUGAAUACUGAAGAAAUGGUUGAGUUUUCAGUUGUGACAACUCUCUAUGAAUAUUUUAGUCAUACCCGCAAAGAAGAAAUCAAAGAACUACACAAAAGGUUUGGAGCGCGUAUAAGAAUUAAAGGUCAUGAGGAGGAUAACACAUUAAUAUGCAUAUCUUCUGAUAAAAAUCCUGCAUUGUUACAAGCAGCUAGUGAUUCUUUUAUCAGAUCUUUUCAGAAAGCUACAGAAAAUCUGACAGAGGAUAUAGUUCCCAUGAAAAACAGUUACACAUUAGAAGAGACAAUAAUGAAAUUGAAUGAAAGGUUUAAAAAUCUUCUUGCUAAAGAGGAAGGGAAUCAGUUGCUACUCCGUGGUCCAGGGAGUGAGAUUUUAGCCGCCCAAAAAUUUCUAGCAGAGGAAGGUGAGAACAGCCAAGCUGAAAAGAAUAUGAAAAUAUCAUCUGAAUGGUACAAAUACAGGAAUGGAGUUGAAGUUGAUGCUUCUGUGUUUAAAUUGUUGGAAACCAUACUAAGCAAAGAAAUUGAAAACAUAAAUGGCAAAUUUGAUACACUGGUAGAAAUAAAAGAGAAUCCAUAUGGCCAGAAGGUCAUAAUAUUUAGGCCUAAAUCCAAAACUUUUGAUAUGUCAUCACAUGCUACUGAAAGUUUCAUCAGUGAAUUUCAGAGUGCCUGUGCAAUGUUAAGAGAAAAAAUCAUCAGCAUGAAGCUUUCAGAAGAUCAGAAGAAAACUUUAAACAUGCUACUUAAUGCUAAGAAAUUUGAAGAUCUUAAUGUAAAACUUAAGAAGACUGAAGAUAAGUUAAUCAUAAGGGGUUUACCAGACCAUCUUUAUGCUGCUGAAGAGUACAUUAAGUCCCUUCUUAACACUGAAGGGACACAAACUGGAACUAGAGCACCACUGUCCUCUGACCUCAGCUCUCAAGAGGCUACAGGAGCAUCUAAGAAGUCCAGUGUUAGGCAAAAGAAUAACAUUUCUUCUGAAGGACAGACUCGGGCAAAGACAGAAGAAAAAGAUGAUGACGAAUGUCCAAUUUGCAGGGACACAAUUGAAAAUAAAGAAAUACUAGAAAGGUGCAAACAUGCAUUUUGCAAAAUUUGCAUUGACAGAGCCAUGACUUACAAACAAGCUUGUCCAGUUUGUAAUACCGUCUGUGGAGUCCUGAGAGGAAACCAGCCAGAGGGAACAAUGUCAGCUACAACAAUCAAUUUUUCUCUUCCUGGUUAUCCCAAUUGUGACACUAUUGUAAUUGAGUAUGAUAUGAAUGGUGGUAUUCAAAAUAGCAGCCAUCCAAACCCAGGGCAGCGUUAUGGGCCAGCUUACCGAAGAGCGUAUUUACCUGACAAUGAGGAAGGGCGAGAAAUUCUGCAGCUCCUCAAAAGGGCCUUUAACCAAAAAUUGAUUUUCACAGUGGGGCAGUCACAUACUACUGGUGAACAAAAUGUUAUCACAUGGAAUGAUAUUCACCACAAAACUGCCGUGGUGGGAGGACCUACCCAGUUUGGUUAUCCGGAUUCUUCUUAUCUGCAGCGCGUUCGAUCAGAAUUGAAAGCGAAAGGAAUUGAAUGAGGAAGUCUAUCAACUCUCAACUCUCAAGUGUAAUGACUAAACAUACAGCAGUUAAUGUACUGUUCAAGCUCUGAGGGAAGUUACUUUGUUUGACUACCGUACUUAAAUCACUUGUAUUUCACAGUUAGGUAAGAAAAGUAAUAUUUUCUCAUCAAACAAUGUAUGUUCUUUUCACAGAUCAUUUACUUCCCUCUAUAUGUAGCCUUUACAGAAUUUACAGUUCUUGUGAGUUUGCACUUUGUAUAUCUUGCUUUACUAGCAAAUCUGAUAUGCAUUUUUCCCCACAACUUUUUCAAAUUUGCAAAACCUUUUGAUCCACUACUGGCUUUUAUUAGAUGAAACACUUCUCUUAGCUUUGCAUUAUGAUGUCUGUCAGCACGGCUGGCAUCAUGUAACCCAUCUAAUUGAAGAUUUGUAUGCAGCUAUGACAGUGUUAGCUGUGAUAAGGCUAUGGACUUUUGCUUCUUUUCAUGGUAGAAAUGGCCUUAGUGAUUUGGGUUUUGCAUGUGAAAUUAGCCAUGGAUCAUGUACAAGUGGGUACAUGGAUGCUUAGCUCUGCAGAAGUGCUGAAUGCUGAGAGCUGUGUUGGAGUAAAUGGGAAGUAAGAGUGUCAUAUCUAAUAGUGGGCUCCUGGUUCCUGCCAUUGUGCUUAAACUUAAAUACAACUUCUAAAUCAGUUUUUCAACUAUAAAACUGUAUUCUCUCAAUUGCAUCCAGUAAAGGUUUAAAUUGUAUCAUAAAGAUACUCUGCAAUGCCUAAAUAACCUGCUAAUUACCUGUGUGGUGGUAUGUCACACAGACUUAAUUUUUAGUAAGUUGAACCAUUUCUCUAAGGCUGUUGAGCACAACUAAUAAAAAAAAAUUAAA